AUGGAUCUCACAGAAGCCGUCUGUGGCGUUUGUUUCGAUGUAUUUGUUAAGCCGAUGAUUCUUAGAUGUGGCCACUCAUUUUGUGAAUUAUGUGCCGAAGAGUCAAUUAAUUUUAACGAUAAAUGCCCAUUAUGCAGAAAAAAAUCUGUUGGUAUAUGUAUAUAUAAUCGUUCACUAGAUGACUGCAUUCGAACAUGGAUCCAGAAACAAACACCUGAUGUUCAAGAUGCUUAUGAGAAAAGAAUUUUAGACAAUCACAGGAUUUUGACCUUGAAAAAAAAUGCCCGAUUAAUACUGUGGACAGUGAUAUCGCACUCCAAAAACAACAACGUUAGCCUGGAUGACGUUCAAACUCUUUAUAACGAAGUUCAACGCAACCUUCACAAAGAAGAGGUUGAGUUUGACGAAGAUCUGAAAGAACAAAUUCGACGAGAGGCCCUCCUGCAUGAAGGCUACUUUUUCAUGUUACAUCAGGACGAUUACUGCAAUAGUAAGUUACCUCUCAGCGGUUCCUGA